UAGACCAGUUUUACCUUACAAUCAUGGCGGCGCAGACGGAGCGAGGAAUACCUAUAAGCGCAGUAAGUCCACAUUAUCUGCAUACAAACUCUACAAGCCACACUGGGCCCUUCAGCGCUAUAGCAGAGCUGAUUGACAAUGCUUAUGACCCAGAUGUCAGUGCAAAGAAAAUCUGGAUAGAUAAAACAGUGAUCAAAGGCCAGGAUUGCCUCAUCUUCAUGGAUAAUGGAAAAGGCAUGGAUUAUGACAAGAUGCACAAAAUGCUCAGUUUUGGCUUCAGUGAUAAGCAAGCGGUAAAAGGCCAUGUUCCAGUUGGUCUUUAUGGUAACGGGUUUAAGUCCGGCUCCAUGCGCUUGGGGAAGGAUGCCAUCGUGUUCUCAAAGAAAGACAACAUCAUGUGUGUGGGUCUCAUGUCACAGACUUACCUCGAGAGGACAGGAGCACAGAAUGUCAUAGUGCCUAUAGUCGCAUUCACAACCACUGGAGAGACUGUCGGUGGUCCACGGAAGUAUGAAGAGUGUCUCCAUGAUAUUCUCACCCAUUCUUUGUUUAGCACCAAGGAAGAACUGCAAACUGAGUUCAAUGCCAUUAAUGGCCCAUUCGGCACCAACUCCACUGGAACUCGCAUCAUCAUCUGGAACCUUCGCAAAAUGUCCUCGGGUGAAUUGGAAUUUGACUUCUUGAAGGAUCGCUAUGAUAUCCGGCUCCCUGUUGAUGUUAAUGAAGGCAGCAAAGAGCCAAACAAGGAGCCAGAGAGCCAGAUAUCACCACCUGAGAGUGAAUAUUCACUGCGGGCAUACUGCAGUAUCUUGUACCUAAAGCCUAAAAUGCAGAUUAUUAUACGUGGGCAGAAGGUGAAAUCUCAGCUCAUCUCCAAAAGCCUAGCACUUAUCAUUCAGGACACAUACAAACCCACAUUUCUUAAAAAGGGAAUUAAAAUCACCUUUGGCUACAACACAAAAAGCAAAGAACAUUAUGGAUUGAUGAUGUACCACAAAAACCGCCUCAUCAAAGCCUAUGAACCUGCUGCCUGUCAGCGUAAGGCCAACAAAACAGGAGUGGGAGUUAUUGGGGUAAUAGAGUGUGACUACCUCACACCAAUGCACAACAAGCAGGACUUUGAGAAGACAGAAGAAUACAGGAAAACUAUACAAAAUGUAAGUACUAAGCUUGAGGAAUAUUGGAAGGAAGUCCGCUAUAGACGUCAGAAAUCCAAUUGCAGUGUACCUGUUGAAGAUGAUGUGAAGAAACCAGAUCAAAACUGGGUGCAGUGUGAUGAUUGUAGGAAUUGGCGAAAACUUCCUGAUGGCAUUGUUUUGUCACAGCUUCCAGAUCAGUGGUUCUGCUACAUGAACCCUGAUCCCCAGUUCAGGUGUUGUACAGUUGAAGAGGAGCUAGAGGAUUCGGAUGAUGAACAACCCAGAAACCAGAAAACUUACAAACAGGAUGAGAAAAAUCAGAAGUUGCAGGAGAAGAACAGACAGCAGAGCCCUGUCCAAGGAACACCUUACUCCUCCCUCAACUCCCGUCCCCAGAGACAUGCAGGCUUCGGGUCUCCUCAAGUUCCCGCUCCCUCACCUAUUUCAACAAGGAAGAAGAGACCCAUGGGGCAGAGCAGAGAGAAUAGAGAAAUGAAGAGAGCCAGAGCAGGAGACAGUUUUGGAAGCAACACACCAAGCAGGCCAUCAACAUCCACAGCCUCACCUGAGUUCUUUUCCCCACCAAUCCUAGACAAUUCUGUUGCUGUUUGGGAUCAAGUAACACGUCAAUAUAAUGAAACAGCUUUGCCCCCUCUAUCCUUAAGCGAUACCAGCAUUGCAACCCAGAAUCAACAGGUAAAGGAGGAAGAGGGGGAUACAGAAAGGAUGGGAAAAGGAAAGGGUAGCAAAAUUGGAGAAAAUGUUAUCAAUUGUUUUGAAUUUGAAAAAGCACUGGUGAGGAAUACAAACAAACAACCGAUAAAAAAUGAGGAAAUAAGAGUCCAACAGAAGAGUGUACCAAGCUCAAAACUAUCUCCAAGUACAGUUGAGACAGAAAAAGAACCAAACCAUAUGGAGGUCUCAGAUGAUAUAAGGCAAAGAGGUCAGACUUCAUCAAAACUGGAAAACUCAAUUCUUGAUGUGUUGGAGGCCCAGAAGCAGCAAGACAACCUGCUGGAACUCCUGGAGGAGGUGACAAAGGAGAGGGAUGAGAGCUGCGCUCAGUUGAUUGUCCUCAACUCACAAGUGGAUGAGCUGAGGAUCCAGUUGCUUGAGCUCAACCAAAACAUGGUGAAGAAGGAACAAAGCCACAAUUACACACACACCAGCCAAGAGGAGGCACAAGACUACAAAGUGCUGUACUUGAAGGGCAAGGAGGAGAUAAAGCUGCCCCAAGAAGAGCUUAGUGGGCUGAAGAUGGAAAAACAAGAGAGGGAGAGAAAAGGCCAGCAAUCUAUGUUAGAGUGUGAUGAUGAUCUGGCUUGUCAAAUGGACAUUCUGUUAAGGGAAAUUGACCAGAGAAACAAGGAGCGAGAAGAGCUACAGCACUCAGCAGCCACAGAUUUAGUUCAGCGUUGUGCUGACAGUGGUGCAUACAGGUUUCUGUGCUCUCAUUCUGGCGUGUUUUUCUGUAAAAUGACCAACAUUUCUUUUGAGAUGAAAACGAGUGGAGAAGUGCUGUACACAGUAGUGCCCUGGGAUAACAAUCAGUUGCUGGGCAUGGGCCAGUUCAUACCUGCAGGGCCUCUGUAUAACAUUAACUGCUCUGAAGAUUCAAUUCUCAAUCUGCACCUUCCACACUGUGAGAUACCUACUGAUAAAAGUAAGAUAGAACUGUCUGUGGCACAUUUCAGUGAGGGUAAUGUGGAGAUCAUUAAGCCCCUAAAUAUAACAAACACACAUGUGAUUUUCGAAGUUCAAGGUCUCUCGAUCUUUGGUCUGUUUAAAAAAUUGAUCUACUCGGAAAACCCCAUCAAUGGCCAAGUCUUGCUCUUCUACAAAGAAAAUAUCAGAAAACUGCACAUUCAUUUGUUGCCAGGAAAUGUGCCAGUUGAAGAGGUACAGAAAUUAAAUCAGUGCAACACCUUCAUUCAGUGCAGCUCCAUAUGUCAACUGACCCGGGGUAAAAAAUACAGACCAAUCUGUGAGCCUUAUUCUUACCAGCCAAAGGUUGAGACAUUUGGCUGUGACUAUUGUCCUAACUAUCACCCCACAUUUGAGGUGAUCCUUAAUACCAAGGUUGAAGACCUCACAUUGGGUCUGUUGGAUGAAAGUGGCCAGGAGGUGUGGGAACCUCGUCGGGUCUUUCUUACAGCUGAGAGUAAAGAAGCAGGUCCAGCAGAUAAAGGUGCUGAAUUUGUAGAUAAACACAGAGAUACACUCAUACAGAGAGUUCUUCCGGUAUUGGAAAUAGCAGACACUCUACUUACCAAGAACCUCAUCAGAAAUGAACUGUAUAAUGAUAUCAUGGAGGCAACAACAUCACAGAUAAAAAUGAGGAUACUGUACAGUUGUCUUAACUCAGGAGGAAACGCAGUGAAAGCAGAAUUCUAUAAAAUCCUUAAGCAGAAGCAGCCUGAAAUAGUGAAUUAUCUGGAUCCUUGAUCAAAUUACACAGAUGAUCAAAGAAGACUUUUACACAACCUGAAAUGUGAAUGUGAAAGUUAACUCAGGUAGUGAUUAAUACAAGCACAUGCUCAUUUCAUUGAAUUUGCUGGAAGAAUUCUACAGAACACAAGCAAAACUUUAUUGCUUUAUAUAAUAUAUGAACAUCAUAUACAUUUUAUACCAUUUUAUAUAAAAAUAGCCAUUCAAAUAUUUUAACAAAUCCUUUUCUUUACUUUGUAUUUUGUACUUUUUUUUAACAUAUAUGGGUGCAUGGGGGCAGGGUGGCUUAGUGGUUAGCACGUUUGCCUCACACCUCCAGGGUUGGGGGUUCGAUUCCCACCUCCGCCUUGUGUGUGUGGAGUUUGCAUGUUCUCCACCGUGCCUCGGGGAUUUCCUCCGGGUACUCCGGCUUCCUCCCCCUGUCCAAAGACAUGCAUGGUAGGUUGAUUGGCAUCUCUGGAAAAUUGUGUGCCCUGCGAUGGGUUGGCACUCCGUCCAGGGUGUAUCCUGCCUUGCACACACCCUAAUGCAUGCCCGUGCUUGAAGAAACCCAAAAGGCAUAAACAAUUAAAGUACGAUGUCAUAUAACAAGUCUCUCUUCAGUUUUUUCCCACUCUAGUAGAGCUC